AUGAAAAUCAUACCAAACAUCGUUCUGCCCUCACUACCAGUUUCAUCAGCAGUUGUCCAUGUACCACUACCAUCAUCAACACCAAUAGUGCCGGUUAUCUCGAAUGCUAAAACGGUUAUAACAUCUGGUUCUUCGUAUGAAUCACCAGGUGGUAAGCCAGUGUUUAGUUUAUUGACGGAUCCAUUACCAUUGCCAAAUAAUUAUACUGUUGAUGCAUGCAUUACUCUAUACGGAAGAUGGUACCAUCGAAUAUGUCCAUCCUAA